CAAGACUGCGCGCGAAGCAAACACGGCGAGGAUAAAGCAAGAUGGCGUCUGACGGUGAAGACGUUAUUGCAGUGUUCUUAAUCUGUGCGUCCAUGUACACAUAUAUGUCCUUUAUUACACUCUAUUCAUUAAUAACUGUUUGUAUAUUAGUCUGAGCGCACUUUGAUGCUAGCUUAGCUUAGCUUGUUAGCUGCUAACAAAGAAGUGAUGAAAACACAUCGCUAAGCAGAGAUCAAGUGUGAGUGUAAAGUGUUGUGAUUGUGUGAAAAUGUGCGAAAGAACCAUAGCAGAGUACGAGGAGGAACUUUGUCCAACAAAAGAGGAGAAGGAGCGACAACAUCAAGUUGUGUUACACACAACAGACAUCCAUCAGCUGAUUGGACACCAAGAAGAAUGUCUCCCUCAUCUGCAGGGGGACAGUUUCACUUCAGAGGAUCCACAGCCCUCACAUUUUAAAGGGGACGAGGGGGAUCCACACAUGAAAGAGGAAGAGGAGGGAGAGUGUCCUGUAGGGCAGGAGGAGGAUGAUGUCAUGACUGUUGUCUCUGUGAAGACUGAAGAGCAUGAAGACAAAGCACGUGAGUCCUCACAGCUUCAUCACAGUCCAAACGUCCAGCAGCCCCUUCACAUUAAAGAGGAAGAGGAGGAUCCACAGCCCAACCACAUUAAAAAGGAAGAGGAGGAUCCACAGCCCACCCACAUUAAAGAGGAAGAGGAUGAUCCACAGCCCACCAACAUUAAAGAGGAAGACGAGGAUCCACAGCCCACCCACAUUAAAGAGGAGGAGGAGGAUCCACAGCCCCCCCACAUGAAAGAGGAGGGAGAGUGUGUUGUAGGGCAGGAGGAGGAUGAUGUCAUGACUGUUGUCUCUGUGAAGACUGAAGAGCAUGAAGACAAAGCACGUGAGUCCUCACAGCUUCAUCACAGUCCAAACGUCCAGCGGGUGUCAGCGGGGAGUCAUGAAGAGGAGUGGCACACCAGUGUGGGACAGAAGGAGCUACAGGCCCCCUCCCACAUUAAAGAGGAGCAGCUUCAUGAUGAAGAUGAAGCUCAGUCCUUACAGCUUCAUCACAGUCAAAGUGAGGAGAACAGAGGGGCGGAGCUUGUAAGUCAACACAUCACAGAAGCUGAUGGAGAGCAUUGUGAAGAUAUGACGUCAGAACCAGACAGCAUCUUUGCUCCACUGUCAGACAUGGACCACAUGAUGUCACACUCUUCUGAUCACAGUGACCACAUCCAAAAACCUUUGGAGAGUCAAAAUGACUCUAAAGGUGAUACGAGACAUCACACUAACAACAAACACUUUGACUGCUCUCAAUGUGGGAAAUCAUUUAGACACAAGAGUCAUUUUACAGUACACAUGAGAAUACACACUGGAGAGAAACCUUUUUCUUGCUCUGUUUGUAAGAAGAGUUACUCCACAAAGUGUAACAUGACCACACACAUGAGAACACACACUGGAGAGAAACUUUUUACUUGCUCUGUUUGUAAGAAGAGUUUCUCCAGAAAGGAAUACAUGACCACACACAUGAGAACACACAAUGCAGAGAAACCUUUUACUUGCUCUGUUUGUAAGAAGAAUUUCUUCCAAAAGUGUAACAUGACCACACACAUGAGAACACACACUGGAGAGAAACUUUUUACUUGCUCUGUUUGUAAGAAGAGUUUCUCCAGAAAGGAAUACAUGACCACACACAUGAGAACACACACUGGAGAGAAACCUUUUACUUGCUCUGUUUGCAAGAAGAAUUUCUUCCAAAAGUGUAACAUGACCAGACACAUGAGAACACACACAGGAGAGAAACAUUUUGCUUGCUCAGCUUGCUCUAAAAGAUUCAACACUAAGAAUGACAUGAUAUUACACAUGAGAACACACACAGGUGAGAAACCUUUUACCUGCUCUGUUUGUAAGAAGAGUUUCUCCAGAAAGGAAAACAUGGACAGACACAUAAGAACACACACAGGAGAGAAACAUUUUGCUUGCUCAGCUUGUGCUAAAAGAUUCAACACUAAGAAUUACAUGAUAUUACACAUGAGAAGACACACAGGUGAGAAACCUUUUCCUUGCUCUGUUUGUAAGAAGAGUUUCUCUAGGAAGCAACAAAUGACCAUACACAUGAGAACACACACUGGAGAGAAACCUUUUUUGUUGCUCAGCUUGUGCUAAAAGAUUCAACACUAAGAGGGAAAUCAUAUUGCACAUAAGAACACACACAGGUGAGAAACCUUUUUUUUGCUCAGCUUGUGCUAAAAGAUUCAACACUAAGAAUGACAUGACAUUACACAUGAGAACACACACAGGUGAGAAACCUUUUACUUGCUCUGUUUGUAAGAAUAGUUUCUCCAGAAAGCAUCACAUGACCACACACAUGAGAACACACAAAGGAGAGAAACCUUUUCAUUUCUCAGCUUGUGCUAAAAGAUUCAACACUAAGAAGGAACUUAUAUUACAUAUGAGAACACACACUGGAGAGAAACCUUUUCUUGCUCUGUUUGUAAGAAGAGUUUCUCCAGAAGGGAAUGCAUGACCACACACAUGAGAACACACACUGGAGAGAAACCGUUUAGUUGCACUGUGUGUGAUAAAAGGUUCAGGUUUAAGUAUCAGGUCAGUAAACACAAGUGUGUAACAGUCAUGGAAGCUGCAGGGAUGCAAAAACACUUAAACAGUGAUUGUGCUAAAUGUAGUUUAAAGGCCUACUGAAAGCCACUACUAGCGACCACGCAGUCUGAUAGUUUAUAUAUCAAUGAUGAAAUCUUAACAUUGCAACACAUGCCAAUACGGCCGGGUUAACUUAUAAAGUGACAUUUAAAAUUUCCCGGGAAAUAUCCGGCUGAAACGUCGCGGUAUGAUGACGUAUGCGCGUGACGUAGUCAGUUAAAAAAGCUCUGUUUUCAUUUCAUAAUUCCACAGUAUUCUGGACAUCUUUUGCAAUUUGUUUAAUGAACAAUGAAGGCUGCAAAGAAGACAGUUGUAGGUGGGAUCGGUGUAUUAGCAGCGGACUACAUCAACACAACCAGGAGGACUUUGUUGGAGAGCAGACGCGCUAGCCGCCGACCUCACCUUGACUUCCUACGUCUCGGGCCGCCAAACGCAUCGGGUGAAGUCCUUCGUCCUUCCGCCGAUCGCUGGAACGCAGGUGAGCACGGGUGUUGAUGAGCAGAUGAAGGCUGGCUGGCGUAGGUGGAGAGCUAAUGUUUUUAGCAUAGCUCUGUGCGGUCCGGUUGCUAAGUAGGCUUCAAUGGCGUCGUUAGCACAGCAUUGUUGAGCUUCGCCAGCCUGGAAAGCAUUAACCGUGUAUUUACAUGUCCAAGGUUUAAUAGUAUUGUUGAUUUUCUAUCUAUCCUUCCAGUCAGGGGCUUAUUUUUUCUGUUUCUAUAUGCAGUUAAGCACGAUGCUAUCACGUUAGCUCGUAGCUAAAGUGUU